AUGCAACACAAACCCUACCAAAUCCUACCAAACCCUACCAAACCCUACCAAACCCUACCAACCCCUACCGAAUCCUACCGAAUCCUACCGAACCCUACCGAACCCUACCAAUCCCUAGCAACCCCUACCAAACGCUACCGAACCCUACAAAACCCUACCAACCCCUACCAAACUCUACCAACUCCUACCAAACCCUACCAAACCCUACCAACCGCCACCAAACCCUACCAACCGCCACCAAACCCUACCAAACCCUACCGAACCCUACCAAACCCUACCAAACCCUACCGAUCCCUACCGAACCCUACCAACCCCUACCAACCCCUACCGAUCCCUACCGAGCCCUACCAAUCCCUAGCAACCCCUACCAAACGCUACCGAACCCUACAAAACCCUACCAACCCCUACCAAACUCUACCAACUCCUACCAAACGCUACCAAACCCUACCAACCGCCACCAAACCCUACCAAACCCUACCGACCGCCACCAAACCCUACCGAACCCUACCGAACCCUACCGACCCCUACUACACCCUACCAACCCCUACCAAAUCCUACGAAACUCUACCAAACCCUACCGAACCCUACCGACCCCUACCAAACCCUACCGAACCCUACCGAACCCUACCGAACCCUACCGACCCCUACCAAACUCUGCCAAGAUUUUUUGCGGAUUCCCCUAAAUAUAUCUUCACAUAA